GUGGUCCAUAUAAGCAGUCUCCACUCUCUCUCUCUCCAAACAUGCAUCCUUAUGAAGCGGUGUGAUGUCAGAGCUUGAAAAGCUGUGAAACAGAAGAACUGAUUUCCAAACCUUUAAAAAAGACAUAUGAGUUUGAAUGCUAGCAGACAUGGAGUCAAAACCUGGCGGUGAACUGACCGGAGAGAAACUGGCUUCUAUUGAGGAUGAAGAAGUUCUGAACAAGAUGUUGGACGGUGCAUCUGAUUUUGAAGAGAGGCGGAUGAUUCGAGCAGCAUUAAGAAACCUGCUCAAGAAGAAAAGAGAUAAGAGGGAGGAGGAGCGAGGAAUGAGACAACAGGACCUGAAACAGCAGGUUCUGAGUAAGGGUGGGCCACCAACAGCGGGGAAAGCAUCUCUGAACCUACAGACAUCAACUAACAAGCCAGCAGGUCAGCCAUCCUCCUCCACUCUUGUCCACAGGAUAACAGGACGAGCCGCUCCUGCUGCAUCAUUUCCCCAGAAAAGUUCCUCUGCUGAAGCACCUAAUGUUAAAAACGUCAAACAAAUGCUUCUGGACUGGUGCAGGGCCAAAACAGAGCCAUAUGAGGGGGUGGACAUCCAGAACUUCUCCUCCAGUUGGAAAGACGGCAUUGCGUUCUGUGCCUUGGUGCAUCGAUUCUUCCCUGAUGCAUUUGAAUACUCCACCCUGAACCCAAACAAGCCCAGGGACAACUUCCAGCUGGCUUUCGGCGCUGCUGAGAGGCUGGCAGGCUGCCCUCCUUUGUUGGAUGCUGAUGACUUGGUCCGAAUGAAGGAACCUGACUGGAAGUGUGUGUACACAUACAUCCAGGAGUUUUACCGCUGCCUGGUGGAGAAAGGCCUCGUCAAAACCAAAAAGCGUGCGCGUGACGCGUGUUGGCAGUGGGUCCUGACGGAGCGGAGGACGGAGCGGGACCGCACCUUGACGAGACGUCCAUGUUACCGAGGGGUCCGUCCUGCUGCAGGCUGUCUCCGGUCCAAUCCAUCGAUCUCGCCUGUUGGGGGUAGUCUAGUGGCUUUUGACUUGUGUGGCUUUUGACGUGUGUGUGUGUGUGUGUGUGUGUGUGUGUGUGUGUGUGUGUGUGUGUGUGUGUGUGUGUGUGUGUGUGUGUGUGUGUGUGUGUGUUAUGAA